GAUGAAACGAAGGAUGUCGCGAAGAAAAACAAAUAUGGCCGCUAUAUGAAGAGUCUGUUAAAUGUACAUCAAAUUUACGUUAUAUUGAAUUAUUGCGGACGGUUAGGUGACAUCACAAGUCUAUAACAUUUAAGAAGAACAAUUUUGUUUAAUUGGAAAUGUUUUCUAGAGCUCAUCUCCUAAUAGAGAAGGAAUACAAAAAGCUUCUUGAUGAUCAACCAUGGGGUAUAGAAGCCAUUCCCCUGCAAGAGGACAGUAUUUUUGAAUGGGUGGCUAAAGUUAAGGGAUUGAAAGAUACAUUAUGGGAUGGUGGAAUCUUUAGACUGUACAUUAAGUUUGAUGAACAUUACAAUAUACGGCCCCCAGAAGUUUGUUUUCACACGAUUCCUUUUCAUCCUAAUGUUGAAAUGAUAACAGGAAGACCUUGUAUAGACUUCUUAGAUGAUUUUUCAAAAUGGAAAGAAGGCUACUCAUUAUCUUUUAUCCUUGUAACAAUACAGCAUUUACUGUCAAAUCCAAACCUAGACAGCCCUGUCAAUCAGGAGGCUGCUGAGAUGCUGAUACACUCUCCCAAAGCUUAUAAACAAAUGGUGCUUGAUUGUGUCACAGCCAGUCAGAGGGUGGAAGCUGGAGUUACUCCUCAUCAAGACCUUGAGUCUCGGGUUCGAUUUGCCACCCCUGACAGGAAUAGGAAACAAUACACAGGAACUGCUAAGACAGCUAACCCCCCUGUCACCCGUCUGUCAUUUGAUGACUAUUUCAUGACAUGGAGUGGAAUUGCUACAUCUAAACCUACCAUAGAGACCCCAAAUCCACUAUUAGAGGCAAUCAAAGAUAAACCUGGAUUACAGAGAGCCCAUUUAGGAAUUCCACAAGAAGAAAUCCAAGAUCAAAUGAAGAGACAGCUUGAGGAACAUAAUGCACUUAUGUAUGGAAACUUCAAAAUGAAAGCUGAUGUUGAAGAAGAAAAGGCCGCAAAACUUGCAAAAUUAAACAGAAUGAAAAAAAUCUACUUACCACCCAGAUUGUCUCCAAUUCCAUCGAUACAACCUCCCCCGACCAAGGAGAGGAAGGGGGAACCGUGGGAGGAUGAAGUGGAUAAUCUGGUUGAGUGGUCAGCAAAGCUGGAUGCUGAUGAAAUCGAUGAAGUGUGACCGAGGAAUGGAGGAGCAUCGAACUGAGUGACAAUGAAAAGGACAAAUAGACUGAUAUUUUAUUUGCAGACAAAGAUAAUGGAUUUUUAAAUAUAUUUUCUCUGAAGAUAAUGUUUAUAGCUAUCUUUUAUAUUGCUAUUUGUUUUUAUGCAUUCCAUGAAAAAUUAAUAAAGCAUAAUUUACCAAA